GCGCAAUGCACUCGUCUGCUUGGCAGCAACAACAACACACCGACCGUAGCUGUAGCAGUUGGUGUCCCUCCGCUGUCAGUAGCGGCAUCGUCCCCCUGCUGUGUCCGGACUCAGAAAGAAUGGUUCAGCGGAACAGCUGCCGGGGAUGUGAAUGACGGUUAGAAGCUAAUGGCUCCCGAUUUGUUGAAGUUCGAGGGCCUGCGGUUGGUGUUCAAGUGAAAGAAAUGGAAAGAAAACGGCAAACCAUGUUUCUCUGAAUUGUUGCUUGUGGUGAACUGGGGAGGAGGAGGAGGAGGAAGAAGAAGAGGAGGAGGAGAAACAGGCAGAUUAGUAAAAACUUCUGCCGCAGCUCCCUAUAGGUUGGCUCCAGCAAGUGGGAAGCAAUGGGAAACACGGCCACCAAGUUCCGCAAGUCUCUUCUCAGUGGUGAUGAGGCCCUGGCCUGGCAACUCUAUGAGGGCAAUCCUCAGUUCAGGGACAGUCUGGACCCGAAUGCAUCAUACGGAGAACAGUACCAGCAUAACACUGCGAUGCACUAUGUGUGCCGCCACGCCAUGACGCGGCUGCUCAGAUCGUUCCUAUUCAGCAAAGAGGGAAACCCCAACAAGCGGAACGUUCACAACGAGACGUGCCUCCAUGUGCUGUGCCAAGGCCCGCAGAUCCUGCUGCUGCCAGAGGGCGCGCUGUCGCCGCGCCUCGCUCGGCCGCAGAGGGAUGAGCAGCGCCGUGCAGACAGCCUUCAGAUGAUCCUGAGCUGGACCGGCGCCAGGCUGGAGGCAGGCAUGUACGAGAAGGCUAAUGUCAACGCCACCGACAACCACCACAGCACCUGUCUGCACUAUGCUGCCGCUGCUGGCAUGAAGAGCUGUGUGGAGCUGCUGAUCCAGAAUGACGCAGACCUCUUUGUGGAGGAUGAGGAUAAGCUAACGCCGUGCGACCACGCUGAGCGGCACCACCACACCGAGCUCGCUCUCAGCUUGGAGUCGCAGAUGGUUUUCUCCUCCGCCUCGUCUCAGCAGUCAGACGCACACGGCGAAACCAGCCUGUUGCAGUACAAGGAGCCUUUCGAAGGUCUGAAGCUUCAGGAUUUGCGGAGGUUGAAGGACAUGCUGAUUGUAGAGACAGCAGACAUGCUGCAAGCCCCCCUCUUCACUGCUGAGGCGCUGCUUCGAGCUCACGACUGGGACAGGGAAAAGCUUCUGGAAGCUUGGAUGUCAGACGCUGAGGGAUGUUGCCAGCGCUCCGGCGUUGCCAUGCCGACCCCACCACCCAGCGGCUACAACGCAUGGGACACCCUGCCAUCUCCCCGCACUCCCAGGACCCCGCGGUCGCCUCUGACACUCACGCUGACAUCCCCCACCGACAGCUGCCUCACUCCUGGAGACGACGGCAUGGCCACGUGUGGAAUCUGCCUCUGCUCCAUCUCAGUCUUUGAGGAUCCUGUGGACAUGUCCUGUGGUCAUGAGUUCUGCAGAUCCUGCUGGGAAGGGUUCCUCAACGUGAGGAUUCAGGAGGGUGCCGCUCACAAUAUUUUUUGCCCGGCUUAUGAGUGCUACCAGCUGGUUCCGGUGCAUGUGAUCGAGAGUGUUGUUUCCAGAGAGAUGGACCAGCGAUAUCUACAGUUUGACAUCAAGGCAUUCGUGGAGAACAACUCAGCCAUCCGCUGGUGUCCCGUGCCUCGAUGCGAGCGGGCUGUCCGCCUCUCUCGGCCAGGUCCUGGCGACAGUGACCCUCACAGUUUCCCCUUGUUGCCUUCCCCAGCCGUGGACUGUGGCAAAGGUCACCUUUUCUGCUGGGAGUGUCUUGGCGAGGCCCACGAACCAUGUGAUUGUCAGACGUGGAGGAACUGGCUCCAGAAAGUCACAGAGAUGAAGCCUGAGGAGUUGGCAGGUGUGAGCGAGGCUUAUGAGGACGCGGCUAACUGCCUGUGGCUCUUGACUAACUCCAAACCGUGUGCCAACUGCAAGUCUCCCAUUCAGAAGAAUGAGGGCUGCAACCACAUGCAGUGUGCCAAGUGCAAAUACGACUUCUGCUGGAUCUGUCUGGAGGAGUGGAAGAAGCACAGUUCGUCUACUGGAGGCUACUACCGCUGCACUCGCUACGAGGUCAUUCAGCAGCUAGAGGAGCAGUCCAAAGAGAUGACUGUUGAGGCAGAAAAGAAGCACAAAAGCUUUCAGGAGCUGGAUCGUUUUAUGCACUACUACACUCGCUUCAAGAACCACGAACACAGUUAUAAGUUGGAGCAGAAGCUGCUAAAAACCGCUAAAGAGAAGAUGGUGCAGCUUAGUAGAGCCUUCAUUAGCCGUGAGGGCACGCCUCCAGACACGCGCUUCAUCGAGGAUGGCGUGACAGAGCUGCUAAAGACGCGGCGCGUGCUGAAGUGCUCUUAUCCAUAUGGCUUCUUCCUGCAGCAAGGCAGCACCCAGAAAGAGAUAUUUGAGCUCAUGCAGACUGACUUGGAAAUGGUGGUGGAGGAUCUGGCACAGAAGGUCAACCGCCCAUACCUGCGGACUCCGCGCCACAAGAUCGUCAGCGCUGCACGCUUGGUGCAGCAGAAGAGGCAGGAGUUUCUGGCUUCAGUGGCUCGUGGCGUCGCUCCCAAUGAGUCUCCUGAUCCUCCCCGCAGGAAUUUCCCUGGUGGAUCGUGGGACUGGGAGUACCUUGGAUUUGCUUCCCCUGAGAUGGGAAGCCGUCGCUCUGUUUUGGGAGUAGGAGAGCAAAGAGACAGGCAGUCGCAGGGCUACGCAGACGUCCAGUACCGUCGGAGACACCGGCCGUGGCUCAGAGGGGAAAUGCUGAGUCUGCACAGCCUGAGGAGCAGCAACAACACGCCGGAGACCAGCAGAAGGAGCGACAAUACAGAGGGCACAGAGAGGAGUGAUGGUCGCAGAAGAGCGCUGGGUUCCCUCGAUGAAGACGACCCCAACAUCCUUCUAGCCAUACAGCUGUCACUUCAGGAGUCCCGCAGAGAGCAGGGCCUGGAGGGUGGGGUGGGACUGGAGGAGAGGAGGCGAAUGUCUGCAGGAGAUCUGGUGGACGCGGCCUUGCACUCUCUACCCACAGAUGGUCCUCCUGAAGCUAGAGGCUCGUCUUUUCCCUCUUCUCUCCUGAAUCCCGGUUGCCUCCCUCCCUGCAGGACAGAUGCCGCCUCCCAGCCCUCCGUGUCCAACUCCCUUCCUCUCCCACCUCCUCCCCCAUCACUCAGUGCCGAGCUGCUGGAGCUGGGAGACAGCCUCAUAAAACUGGGGAGCAUAACGCAGGAGCAGCUCUGCUCCGACCUCACUCACAGCCACGGGGCGCUCCCCUCUCCCCUCUCCUCCGAACCUGCUUACAGCAGCUGCAGCCAUAGACCAGACCAGAGUGCACUCAGUACACCCUAUGCGCUGGAUCACAUCGCCAUCACGGAUCCGCGUUACGACAGCCACUGUCGCUCCUCUGCUUAUUUACCCGAGACUGCUUCCAUGGCCCUGGAACGCUCCGGACAUCCCACUUCCCAAAUAUGGGAACACCCAGGAACGUAUGACGGCAGCCCAAAGUCAGACAGUUCUUACCAACCCUGUCCAGAGCGCAGCAGCUCCUACACCGCAGAGCAUCCCGCCACCUACGCUCUUAAGCAGCCUCCCACCUCAGAACACCCACCGUCUAUCCAGUUGUGCCUCCCACCUCCAGAUCUUGAGCCAGAGCUGCUGCUGUCCCCAGUGAUUCCCCCUGGGGGUCCUUUCAGCCCCAGCGACCCUCAGAGUCUGGAGCCUUUGGACCCAGCGGCCAGCGCUCAGCUACUGGACAACAUCAUGGCCUGGUUCAACAACAACAUCAACCCGCAGAACAACCCAGAGAGCCUGGCUCUCAUCCCCUCCCCGCCCACCACCGAAACCGACUCCUCCCCCGACACCCACGCCGAAACCGAGAGCCGGAACCCCAGUGAUGGGUGCCCCGCCCCAGUCUGGCAGCCCCUGGAGGGCGAGCCGGAGGUGGCACCACUCUGUGCUGCAAAUCCAGAGGAUGCGAGAAGGUUCAGGAGCAGAUCGCCGGAGCGGGAAAACAGAAUUGGGGGGGAACAGGGAUCGGACCCGCGGUGUGCGGCUGACAUGUCGCUGGGCGAAACGCGCACACACCGGAGCUCCCACUCCCACUGCGGAAACAGUCCCGCACACACUGCCUCAGCCGCUGACGGAGCCUUGGAGCAGGUCCUGCAGCUGCAGAGGAGCCAGACGUCAGAGGAGUGGGAGGAGCAGGAGCACUUGGUGUGAACAGACAGAAGACUGAGCCAAGAGGAGAACAAGAAGGAAAAGAAAAGUUGUUUCAGCAGAUGUUGGAGCCUAUACUGUGUGUAUCAUACUGUAUCCAGAGAGGAGGCGGAGCUCUUCAGACUUUGUCCGUAAAGAUGUCAUUUGCAGUUUCAUUCUUUUCAAGUGCUUUUUGUCUGCUCUAAAAAAAAAUAUUCUUCAAGAUAAGAAAUCAAAUUACAUUUCAAGAAAAGCUACUGAAAUCACCACACAUAAAAUGCUUCAACUUUUUUAUUUUUUAUUUAUUCCUUUCUUUGCCUUUUGUGCUGGAUGUUUCACUUUGUUCAGAGUAAAGUUUCGGUGCUGAAAUCCAAACUUGCCUCAAAGCCACACUUGGGUAACACCCCGACCCAAACAGAAGCCCCUUCAGAGCUCCAGGAGCUCCAAACCAGAUCCCAGCUGGAACCUUGAAGCCUGCUUUAGCGUGCUGUACAAUCAGAGAGCCUAAAUUCUGAGAUUUCUUUGGACCUUUAUCCACACCGUGCCUGUUUAUUGGUGCCCACACAGUUCAGAUCAGGCUGCAUGCACUGUUUCACCAAGCUGAGAAAUGACCUCGGGUUCCAGUAACAUUUGGCAUUUAAUCCGUUUAGAGCUGAAGGUUCUGCAGGUCCUGAUGGGUUACCUCCCUCUGGCUCAUACCUAGUCUCUGUGCAGAACUCUUAACUCUGCUUUUUAACUCCUGAAAUUUUGACAUUAUUUAUCAAAGCAAUGUUGCUAUAAUUCACCAAAAUAAAAAUAAAAUUUUUUGUUUUUUUUGUUUUUUAAUCGUGAGGCUUUAACACAUUCUUUUUAGUAUAUAAUAUAUUAAAAAAUAUUAAGGGCUGGAUUUUUGGACUCAUUUGAAACAGGCAAAAGUGAGUUGAUUUGAGGUUAAAUAUUCUGAAUAUGUGUAUUUAUUAUCACUGAUAGUUUUGAAAAUAAAUGGUUUGACAUCAUCUUUAUCUGAGAAAACCAACACCAAACUUUAGUUUGCACUAAUAACCAGAAUCAGACAGCAUUAAUAAAGUCACUUGUGUUCUAUAAUCGAUAACCAGACACACAUUUUGAAUAGUUUCUGUUCAAAUCAAGAGUUUUGCACAUUCAUUCUGAGCCGAAAUGGCUGUUAAAUUAUUGAAUUAAGUGCAUCAUCAAUGCAACACAUUAUACCUGCUCCACUACCGAUGAGCUGCAGUCAGCAGAUGUGGGUGUCACCUGUUGUCCUUUUCCUCCUUGUUGAGAAUGCAGACAGGCAUAUGUGUGCCUUUUGUGUUCGGGUCGUAUUUAUUUAAGUAACAAACUUGUUACACAUGUUUUACAAACGUUUCUGUUGAAAGAUGACGGUGAAAAAAGAAGAUAUUGUGCAGAUGAUCAUAAGAUAAACGGUUGAUCUGACUUUGAAGCAAUCCUGAAGCUGCUUUUGAAGGACAUUUUCACACUAUAAACCACCUGACCUUUGACUUCUAACAGUCCUUCAACGUUGUAGAUCUUCACAUCUUAAUACUCACCCACAAUGUUUACAGGGGGCUGAAUCACUGCCUUUAGGUAGGAGGCGAUUUGGUGCUGGAAUGAGAGGAAUAUUAAUUUAAGGGAGUUAAGUUGGUGUUGAAUUUCUUCUACUGUAGUAAAUGGGUGGUGGUUUGAGUUUGAAGCCAGAUGUGUUGCCCAUGAUUUCAUUCAAUGAACUGUACUGGUGUGUGUUUUUCUUUUUUAUUAUACAGCAUUUAUUAUCCCUGAAUGGGAAGUUUGUAUUUUUGUUUUUUUGCAGUCGUGCUACACUCAUCAGGCAGCAUGCAGAGGACAUGUUUGGGGGUUUUUCAGCAUUUUCACGUUUGGACUGAUGGUGAAUGUUGUGGUGGCAUUUGUUCUCCACACUGUUUGAUUAAAUCCUCCCUCCACAAAUACCUUCUUUUUUCUUUUUUUUUAAAUACAACAAUUUGCACUUUCUUUAGGUUUCACUUGAUACAUUCCCAGCUUGUCUCAAUAAAUAAAAAGUAUUGCUGUUUGGCCAAAACUCUAAAUGAAAUAUCAAUGCAAAGUUUACUCUCAAUAAAAAGAUCUGAAAGUUUG